AUGAGCCGUCUGAAAACAAGCUUUACAGUUGCUGAAAAAUAUUCAGCAUUUUACACAGGAGGUCAGAUUCAGCUUGCCAAUGAUGGCAGCAAGCUCUUCUGUGGCUGUGGUAAAGAGAUUAGGAUUGUUGAUGUAAAAACAGGACGGAUUUCAAUGUCAAUUGGUCAGGAGGAAGAAGAAGAAAUUUCACAGUUUAUUGUCACCAGAGAUGAUGAGUUCUUGAUACUGGCCACACAAAACCAGCUCUUUAGACAGUGGAGGUGGAAAGACAAAGUUCUGGUCAAGACAUGGAGGUCUGUUCACAAUGCACCAGUCACAUCACUGACAUUUGACCCUACAAUAACUUUAUUGGCUUCUGGCAGUGCAGACUUCACUGUGAAAGUCUGGGACAUAGUGCAAGGCUAUUUCACGCACAAUUUUAGAGGUCACACAGGAGUUGUAAGAGUGAUGGCCUUUCACCCUGACUCCCAGCGUCUGCAGCUAGUGACGGCAGCAGAAGACUACAACAUCCGGGUAUGGGACCUGAAGACAAGUAGCUGUAUUGUCACUAGCCAGUGCCACGUCAGUCUCGUCACAUCUUUGGCAUUUGCGGAAAAUGGAGCCACAAUGUACAGUGCUGGAAAAGAUAAUGUUGUUUGUGUUUGGAAAACUGACAAAUGGAAGGUGUUCAAAACAAUACCUGUAUUUGAGUCAAUCAUAUCUGUGAUUGUCCCUCUGGAGUUCCCAAGUAUUAUAGAUGAUGACAGCAUUCUAAGGUUCAUCACAGUUAGCUCAAGUGGUGAUGUGAGAGUUAUUAAUGCCCAGACAGGAAGUCGUGAAUACUCCAAUAGUUGCCGACUGAGUGACCCUGAAGCAGAUGCUGAGAGCACAGAUUCAUACAUCACACAAGCACUCUACUGUCCAGAUUUGAAUGGGAUUUUGUUGGCUACAUAUGACCAGAACAUUAUCCUCCUAAGUAAGGACUUCACUAUGGAAAAACAGCUCUGUGGUCAUUUGGAUGAUAUACUGUCAGCACAUUUCCUUGGAGAGGAGGACAGCCAUGUUGCUGUGGCUACCAACACAGACCUGCUGAAAGUGUUCAGCAGAGAAACUUGGGAGUGCCAGAUGCUGCAGGGUCACUCAGAUAUCAUCACCUCUCUUGAUGUUCAUGGACAGUUUAUUGUUUCUGCAUCAAAGGAUUCAACAAUUCGAAUUUGGCAGUUGUCUUCAGACACAGGGUUUGUGACCUGCCUGGGUGUUGGUCAAGGGCACACACAAGCUGUCCAGGCUGUGGCCUUAGCAAGGUUAAAUGCAAGGCCAGCAUUUGUAAUAUCAGGGGGUGUGGAUAUGACUUUCAAAUUGUGGGCAUUUCCCUCGGAGGCCGACAUUACCCCAAUGACCACCCUACGUGUUUCGGCUACAGAGCAUGCACACGAUAAAGAUAUCAACUGUCUGGCAGUGGCCCCUAAUGACAAAAUCAUAGCCACCGGAUCACAUGAUAAAACUGCUAAGGUCUGGAGCAUAGGAGAAAAUCUGCAUUCAGUUUCUCUGUUGGCAGUUUUACGAGGUCACAAGAGAGGAAUUUGGGGCCUGAAAUUCUCACCAGUUGAUCAGAUUUUAGCUUCAUGCUCAGGGGAUGGCUUCAUCAAACUAUGGAGUGUCACAGAUUUCACGUGUGUUCGGACUUUAGAAGGACAUGAUAGCUCUGUGCUUUCCUUGGUGUUCUUGUGCAGUGGACGUCAGAUUCUUUCUAGUGGUUCAGACGGCUUGCUGAAGUUAUGGCUGAUUAAAUCAAGUGAAUGUGUGAAAACACUGGAUGCACAUGAAGCCAAAGUGUGGACUGUUUCAACCACAAAUAAGGAAGACUAUGUCUUAUCUGGGGGUGCUGAUUCUACUUUGGUGCUGUGGAAGGAUGUUACUGAGCAAGAAGAAGUAGAGAAACAAGAACAGCUACAGAAGAAAGUUCUACAAGAACAAGUGUUAUCCAACUUGGUUGCAGACAAGAAGUAUUUGCGAGCCAUUGGUCUUGCUAUCUCACUAAACAAACCAUACCAGGCACUGACAAUUCUGAAAGAAAUUAUAAAGGAUGAUGAUAGUGAAAAGCAGUUGGAAAAAUUGAUCUGCAGAUUAAGAAUGGAUCAGAUAGAAUCUAUACUGAAGUUUGCCGUACAGUGGAACACCAAUAGCCGGAACUACUUUCCAGCACAGGUCUUGCUCAAUGUUGUGUUAAAAAACUUUCUGCCACAAGAUCUGGCCAAGUUGUCAGGCAUACAAGCCAUUAUUGAAGGACUCACUGUAUAUACAGAGCGCCACCUGCAAAGACUAGACCACUUGUUGAUAGAUUCCCACUUUGCCGAGUACUGCUAUGGGUGUAUGAAAACUACAUCAUUGUAA